CUCUCCGUCGUUCGCAUCAUCGCCUCUCAGAAAACGAAGUCGAUAUGCCGCCAUCGUCGGCAACACGCGCCUUUGCGCCAGAGAUGGCAUCUCAGGAGGCUCGACUGGCCACCUUUACCACUACAUCGUCAUCGAGCCGAUCACGGCAGACAGGAGGAGCAGGAGGAUGGCCACACUCGACUGCCUCGUCAUCGAAACACCCUCUGCCUUCUCAACUCGCGUCGCUGGGCCUCUACUACUCUCCGAGUGGCACAGAGAACGAUCGCGUUGUAUCGUACAUCGACGGCCUCGCCCUAUCCAACUUCAAAGCAGGCGACGACGCCGAGGAUCGCCUCGCUUCCGAGCAGCCAGACAAUGCUUGGGCUCUCAUCUGGUCCAGCAAGCGUGCCGGCCAGCCGUCCAAGUCCUCGGAAGGCCAGUAUCUGUACAAAGAUGAAGAUCUCCUGCCCAAUGGCCACGUGAUGAUCGCUGCCCGGCGUCGUACCUUCGCCGACCUGUGGCCGCAUGACACCAAGAAGGCGUGGAAGCCGACGGCGCAAAAGCUGGCACAGGCUGGCUUUCACUUUGAGCCCACGGAAGACGAUGCGGAUAACGCCAGCUGUAUAUACUGCUCGAGAACAUUGGGUGGAUGGGAAAAGGGCGACGACCCUGUGCAUGAGCAUAUGCGCAAGAAGCCAGAGUGCCCCUUUUUCAAUUGCGUGCUUGGAAACGAGGAGGAGGAGGCUGCUGUCGAGGCAACCAAAGCAGAGGUCAAGCCAGCAAGAACGAGAAAUGCGAGGUCCGUGUCUAGAUCCAAGGCGGUCGACAGCGAGGCAGACGGCAGCGAUGAAGAUGAGCAGGAGGACGCUCCAACAACUCGUCAUGCUCGCUCUCGCAAAGUGCAGCCUUCCAAGCAGGAGAGUGACGAUGGAGACAGUGACGAGGACAAUGUUGAAGACGUCGCGAAGCCUGCGACCAGCAGAUCAGCUCGCAACACUGUCAAAAAGAGCUCGUCGACGACAUCAAAGAGUGCAAACGCCAACAGCCUAGCUGCCACCAAGCCGAGUCGCCACGCUCGCACCGAGUCGGCCUCCUCAGCAACGACAACGGCGACGACGCGCUCAACGAGGGGUACGCGCAAAGCAGCCCAAGCGGCGAGCGAGAGUGAGGCUGAGGCCGUGCAGGCAGAAGCGGCCAGCCAGGCGGAAGAAGAGAGCGAGACGGAGAAACCCAAGCGAAGAGGAGGAAAGGCUGCCGCGACGAGGGGCAAGACGACUCGUAGCACUAGCGGGAGCAGGAAGGGCAAGGGGAAGGAAAAGCAGUCCGAGACCGAAGAGAUGCUCGAAUCAGCGGCGCAGGAGGAUUGUGAGAAGGACGUAGAGGAGGAGGAGAAUGGCGAAACGACUACCACGGCCAAAGACACACAUUCAACUCGCACGUCAGCCAACAAGCGCUCGGCAAAGUCAAAGACAUCAGGCAGAGCGACGCGUUUAGCAAGGACGACAUCGUCUGUCGCCAAUUCAGAGUCAGAAGCAGCAGCAGAGGAGCUAGAUGGUCAAGACGCAACAGUCAUCGUUGCGGCAAUGCCUGCUGCAGAGGAAGAAAAAGAAGAAGACGAGGAGGCGCGCGAAGAGGAGAAGGCGACAAAGGAAGACGACGAGACGGCCAAACACCCCGGUGCCGGCGCUCGCAAUCGCAGCCGCAUUGCUUCCUCCAGCCAGGCCAACAGCAAGUCUGUGCCUACGGCCCAAGAAGACGAAGAGGGAGAAAACGAGGAGGCAGCCAAGCCCGUUCGUCGUGGUGGUCGCAAGCCCAAGGGCACCAAGGAAGUGGAGGUGGCGGCAGCUUCUGUGACUGCGGUGCCAACGGAGGCCGACGUGGUGCAGGAAGAGCCUCUGCCUGCUAAGCGACCCACCCGCUCACGAGCAGCAAGCGCCGCCAUAACCACGAAGAGGGCUGCCGAGCUGGCCGACCAGCCUAAGACGAGAAGCGCGUCCGGCUCAUCGACCAAGAAGGAGAGUGAGGAAGAGGUCAAACAGCUCGUUGCAUCGACUUCAGCCUCUGCGUCGCCACCAUUAGAGGAGGGCAAUGCCCAGCAAAAAGCCCCUCAAGCACACAUCACCACAUCCCCGCUAGUGGAGCAUCAACAAGCCGCCCUAUGCCUCGGAACUGCCCCCUCUCUUGCGCCCGUUCCUUCCUCUCCAAGACAACCCGACAGUUCAGCGAAGCGCAUCCUUUCCCCACUGCCAUCGAAGCAGCGCGCACCGAGUGGGCAGAAGGCUGCUGCUACUUCACGUGCUGUUUCUAGGAGUCGGACGGACGGAAAGGGGAAGAAGCAGGCGGAGAAGAUGGUCACGGAGGAGGAAGAGGUCGAGCAGGAGAACCAGGCGCCAUCAGAGUCGACGAAGGAAGGGCGAAACGUUGACGUGGCAAUGGCCAUCGAAGAAGGGGGACAGCAGGAAGCGCUCCCUUCGUCCACCUCAGCACCGACAGCAAAGGCCAUAUUCGCCCCCUCCGCAGGUUCCUCAUCAUCAGCACCUCUCGCACCCUCCCCCCCACCCCCGGCAACCGCACCUCUCCCGUUGCCCCCACCAUCUCCAGUCAAACCCAGCUUUCAGUCUCAACCGCACAUCCCUGCUCUCCCCGCCCUGUCUUCGCUGUCCGAUCUCCAAUCAGCACAAGACAUGACCGUCCAGACGUACUUGGAGCUGCAGAUCUCGGCAGCCCUUGAGGAGAUGAGGGUGAAAGGGGAGGUGAGGCUGAAAGGAUUGGAAGAGAGAAUGAGGGUGACGAGAGGAGAGGUGGAGCGAGUGCUGAGAGGUCAGCUCGAGGGGGAGGCGUGAGGCGCGGAGUGGUGUCUAGUCGUGGUAUCUCUGAUUCGGCCUCUGCUUUAGUUGCUCAUCCUUGCUGGCCUGUAGCCGACGUGUAUCCCUUACUGCUAAAUACGAUUGAUGUCUUGCUCCUUUCGCAA